CGAGUGUUACGGUUAAUGACAUUUCUCAAUUUAUUGGUUCUCUGACUACAUCAUAAAAAACACGAAUCCACUGUGCACGACCGAAACAAGUCGACUAAUCUAUCGACCAACAACACACCCACCCACCAAUCUACCUACGGCGCAUGGUAUAUGUACCAAUACGAAAAAACAGAAUGAUCCAUCGCGUUGCCAUGCUAGCUGGGGCGAUGGGCUGUCGGCAAGUUAUGAAACACACAUACACAUACAUAUGCGUUAUGUGUACGUAUGGCAUAUGGAUUCGUGAGCUUGAUCGUCGACAGCAUGCACAAAAGACACGAAUGCACAAAAUACACGAGCACACGAAGGCCACCCACCACACGACGCACAGUAGUCACUCUACGUAAUCCACCGCCAGACAGUUACAAAUCCUGCCCUGGACGCAAAGAUAGAGCACCGACGAAAGCAAUAUAACUCACAAUCAUCCCACUCCCUCUCUCCCCCCCAGCACACCACACACAUGUCACACAACUCACGUGUGCAGAGCAUCGAAUGAAGUACACCCUAGGCCACACACUCGAUCGAACCUCACAAGGCCCCCCAGACCGCGAGACCGCGCGAUUCACGGCCUAUCUUAGUUGACUUGGUGCGAGAGCGGACGCAUCCCCUAUUCCCUUUCCAUCCCCCCCUUUCGCCCUCGCAAUCAGACUAAGACUGCUUCUGCCCUUGUCUCCCUCGUGGUGGUCCUCGUGAUGCUGCUCGUCGUCUGCUUCUCUCUCAGUCGCUUUCUCCUCACUUGGGCAAACAGCAUUCCUCCUUUGAAGCAGACCAUCAGACAGGUGAAGACGACUGAAAGGACGUAAAGGACGAUUGUACUGAGGUCCGACUGGUCCACCGGCAUAGACAUGAAGGUAAUGAUCGCAAUAGGUAUCUCUCCCAGCGAGACGAUAAAAUUGGUAAGAUGGAAUCUCAGGGACAAUUCCAUCAGAGGCCGCGCACGAAAGUGUGCAUUGAGGGCAACGCAAUCACAGAGACAGAGGACGAAGAUGACGACGGAUUGCCAGAGAAGCCCACGAGUGACAAGAUCAAGACCGACGGCAAGAUCGGAAGUCCAAUCGAGCAUCACGAGGAAAAACAGCAAGAGUUUGAGUGAUCUCUCCUGACAAAUAGGAUAACGUACAUGUACACAGGCAGAGAAAGAGAGAGUUGCUGGUGCCAUAAACGAAGAAGUCCGUCAGUGGCUUACCACUGCGAUGGCGCUGACUUUGCAGGAACACCAUUGAGCGAGUCUUUGAUACGCAAUCGACUCCUCAUACCGAAGAGGUGAGAACUCUUUGGCGAGAAUAUGCUGAGUGAUAUGGGCACGAGGAAGGCGACACCGGUCGGCCCGUGGGACCUUGAAUGACCUUGGGACAAAUGUGGUGAAAAGGGUGCAUCCUCUGCACCAAAUCGCCCCGAUGUACACCAGAAACGUGAACAGACCUAUUCACAAGAGGUGUACCCAGCCGAUGCAUGCAUUGAUCUUGAUUCAUUGUCCCUGUCCAUUGUUGUUUCUUACGUCCGAUUGGCGCAAUGUAUAGAGCGAAGCUGCCCAGUCCGACGGAGACGAUGCAGGCGAUAUUGACAAGCACCAUUUCAAAGACGCUGCGCGGAGGCUGGAAAUGACCCACGAUUUUAAACGCGAGGAUCAAUGUCGGCCAGAGAUAUCGACAGGCAAUGUCGAACCACCAAUAACGCAGUCUUUCGGGGCCGACGAGAUCCAUGAGCGUGAUGCAGUAGGCAUAGUUGAGCGCACCCGCGAGGACAAUAUCGAUGAGGAUGUUGACGGGAGUGUCCCUCAGCCACUGAACAAAAGGAAGAAGGAAGCAGAACGGAAAUCUCAUCGUUUUCUUGACCGACUGAAGUGACUGACCAGUUUUAUCGGACCGCAGGUCUCGAUAGUCCAAAACCCCCAUUCCUCAGGCACAGUGCCGAUGUCCACCGGCACACUGUCAUCGGCAGCCUUGGUUGGUAAGCAAGGUGGAAGAGGCUGGGUGUCUUCCGUGAUCCGACGACUUGAGCCUGUAGGUGUCAGCGAGCGGGGACUGUCGGCACUCGGACCCUCCGCAGGGAUGGCCGACAGGGAGCGGGACGGACGAUGGCCGACAGGGAGCGGGACGUAGCGGGACGGACUGCCGGUGUACAAACUGCCACUGCCGCUGUGACCUCGAGGCAGUUUCAUCAUCACUCAUCUGAGGAAGGAGCCCUGUGGGCGAGGGAAGAAGGGACAGCAGGCGUUUGCCAAUGAGUCCGAGCAGGGCAAAUUGGAGCAGGGCCAGCGAGCAGUUGAAGCAGGGGGAGACGAGAAGCAACCGCAGAAUGGGAUGGAUGGAUAGAUCUCACGAAUCUCAGCCUCC